CUCAAGCUGUGUUGAAAUAAUGUCAACUAGUCACGGAAAUUAAUUAGUGAUAACAACACUGGAGUGUCUGGACAUAGUUGAACAAAACAGCGCCACCUGUGGUGGUUUGUAAAACUUCACACAAACUGCCGGAAUCGCAGAUGGCUUUUACUUUGAAACAAAGCACGUACAGGAAGUGGAGGACAAAACCAGCUCCAAUCCGCGGAAAUCAUCAACAGGACAAUUUCUUCCUAUACUAGCUAGCUAAACAUCUGUCAACUGCUAUUUCUGCCUCAUUUUGUUUGGUUGUCAACCCGCCAAACUGGCGAUGUCGGAGUCCUACGAUUUCUUGUUUAAAUUCCUGGUGAUUGGAAAUGCUGGAACAGGCAAAUCCUGCCUGCUGCACCAGUUCAUAGAGAAGAGAUUUAAGGACGAAUCCAACCACACAAUCGGAGUGGAGUUUGGGUCUAAGAUAAUCAGUGUGGUCAACAAAAGUGUCAAACUGCAGAUCUGGGAUACUGCAGGACAGGAACGGUUUAGGUCUGUGACCAGGAGUUACUACAGGGGAGCAGCAGGAGCGCUGCUGGUUUAUGACAUCACCAGUCGAGAAACAUAUAAUGCUUUGACCACAUGGCUGAGUGAUGCCAGGAUGCUGGCCAGUCAAAACAUCGUCAUCAUCCUCUGUGGGAACAAGAAGGACCUGGAUGCUGACAGGGAGGUCACGUUCCUGGAGGCGUCCCGCUUCGCGCAGGAGAAUGAGCUGAUGUUCCUGGAGACCAGCGCCCUGACAGGAGAGAAUGUUGAGGAAGCCUUUGUCCAGUGUGCUCGGAAAAUCCUGAACAAGAUAGAGUCAGGAGAGCUGGAUCCAGAGAGGAUGGGUUCAGGCAUCCAGUACGGAGACGCUGCGUUGCGGCAGCUUCGUUCCCCUCGCCGUGCUCAGCCACAGGGCACCCAGGAGUGCGGCUGCUAGUGGACGCCCCAUAACACAAUCAGUCAAUGUUUGUGAAGACCAGAAGAAGAACAGCCAUGGAGGACCUAAUGGUGUUGGGUUCAGGUUGCUAUGCUGGUGACCCCUCCCUGACCUUUGCACGGACCCUUCAGAGCCUUUGUUGUCUUUUCUGCAUGUGCAGAGAGUUGAGAAGACCUCCCAGCCCCGCCACCUCCUCAGAAGACUUAGAUCUCCAAGGUAACAACAGACCACCUACCCCACUUCUAGUCUGCUGUGCUACUGGACCAAACUCCCCAGGCCCCUCAGCCCGGAUGUGUAAACACCAAUCUUUCAUUUUUACUUUUCUCCCUCUCAUCUGUUCACGCUCAUCAUCACUCCUCUUACUGACUCUUCCAGCUACAUUACUCACAGGAAUACUCUCUAUUUGCUUUAUUGAUUUUUUUUUUUUUGGGUCGAUACAUAACAGAUUCAUAACACCUGCCAGGAUAAGAAAGAUUUCUGCGUUUCCCAGCUUGAUACUGAGCAAAUGAAUCCGUUAUCCACCCUUUACUAAGACAAAAUAGUUUAACUUUAACCCCUCCUUAAUGGAGUUCUACUACACUUUCCCGCACCAGCUUUUUCUCUCUCGACUCUUCCUUUCUGUUAAUGGGGCGCCGCUAACAGUCUACUGACGAGUUGUAGUCCUCCUCCCACGUUAACUUUGUUUUCGUACAGCCACUAAAUGACGCCUUGUUGGCCAUCUUGCCUCCCCUCCAUCCCCACGUUGAGUUGACUUCGUCCCCUCUUUCUCUUCUCCUCCUGCCCCCCCUCUGCUGCAUCUUCUACACUGUAUAGUGUUUCUGUAUAUACGAGUGACGCAUGUUUUCUGAAGCAGAAUAUCAGAGGAUUUCAUUAUGAAGAGAUAAUUUGUGUGAAUUCUAAUAAAUAUCAUACUAAGCAUUGUUUUCAUGCUCCACUGUAUAAUUGUGAUGUUCAUUUCCAGUCCACCGGCAGCCUGCUUAGACAGGCAGAACUUCUUGGUUUGCCAGUGAGACAAAAUCAAUGUGGAUUUUCUGAAAGCAGCAGAGGGAAACACUGUCUGCAGACACUGCGUUUUCUUAUGGUUGCAAUCACUGGUGUGUCAGCUAAAAGCCAUCUGGCAUACUGGGCUGUCUCUGUUGACUUAAGUGUUAGUGUGACACACACCUAUAUCCAAAGGGUUCAUUUCCUGACGUAUGAUUCACCUGUGACUGUUGCCUGUUUACAUGAGUGUCUGCCAGCUAUGAGGUGAUACUAACCAACCACAUUUCAAGUUUCACUCUUGGCAUGAAACUUACCUGAUGUGCUUUUUUUUAUUUAUUUACAGCUCCCAUUUUAUUAUCAUUAUAUCUUUGCAGAGUUUGGUUUACGUUUCAUUAUGUUUUUCAUUUUUAACCGUUGUCUUUAACCAUUGACCUUGUCCUCAUUUCAACACUACUUUUAAAUUAUGCACAACUAAAGUAAAAGAAAUAUUUCAAUUAAAAAAAAAGUAUAUAUCCAAUAGCAGCUUAAGCCGCUCCACUUCAUGCUGUCGUCUUGUGUUAAUGUGUCAGUUUUUCUCUUGUCAUGAUGACCAUUAUAGAUUUUAAUUUAUUGAGUAUGAUGAAAGCUGUAUGUUUUUGAAAUAAAAAAUACAAAUCAAGCA